UUUUGUUAUUUUGCAGAAAAAAACAUGUCUGCAAUAAUCAAGGAUGUGUGUGAUGGGUCAUCUCUUGCCAACCAUGAAUGCUUUGCACUGCAACAUGCUGACCGUUCAAAUUUCUAUAUUACAGAAAAGAAUCGCAAUGAAAUAAAAAACGUCACUAUCCUUCGAUUAACCACAUCUCCAGCUCAGAAUGCCCAGCAGCUCCAUGAACGCAUCCAGUCGUCAAGUAUGGAUGCCAAGCUGGAGGCCCUGAAGGACUUGGCCAGCCUGUCCCAGGAUCUCACGUUCGCCCAGGAAUUCAUCAACCUGGAUGGCAUCUCUCUCCUCACCCAGAUGGUAGACAGCGGCACUGACCAAUACCAGAAAUUGCAGAAGAUUAUGAAGCCUUGCUUUGGGGACAUGCUGUCCUUCACGUUGAUGGCCUUUGUAGAGCUCAUGGAUCAUGGCAUCGUGUCUUGGGACACGUUUUCGGUGGCGUUCAUUAAGAAGAUAGCAAGUUUUGUGAACAAGUCGGCCAUGGACAUCUCAAUCCUGCAGUGGUCCUUGGCCAUUUUGGAGUCCAUGGUGCUCAAUAGCCAUGACCUCUACCAGAAGGUGGCACAAGAGAUCACCAUUGGCCAACUCAUUCCUCAUCUUCAAGGAACCGAUCAGGAAAUUCAAACCUAUACCAUCACUGUCAUCAAUGCACUCUUCCUGAAAGCUGCUGACGAGCGCAGGCAGGAAAUGGCAAAUAUUUUGGCUCAGAAGCAGCUGCGUUCCAUCAUUCAAACACAUGUCAUCCGUGCCCAGCGGGCCAUCAACAACGAGAUGGCCCACCAAUUAUAUGUUCUCCAAGUGCUCACCUUCAACCUCCUGGAAGACAGGAUGAUGACCAAAAUGGACCCCCAGGAUCAGGCUCAAAGAGACAUCAUAUUUGAACUUCGAAGAAUUGCUUUUGAUGCGGAGACUGAACUUAAUAAUAGCAGCAGCAGCGUGGAGAAACACAAGUCCAUGUACACCCGGGAUUACAAGAAACUUGGCUUCAUUAAUCAUGUCAACCCUGCCAUGGACUUCACCCAGACUCCUCCUGGGAUGCUGGCUCUUGACAGCAUGCUGUACUUCGCCAAACAUCACCAAGAUGCGUAUAUUCGGCUUAUUCCAUUCUACAAGUUAUCAUUGUGUGUAGCUGAAUUGUGUGCUAUUGCCAGUAGCAUGUCUAAUUUUACUAGCAAAAUUGAAGUUCAAACCUACAAGGGACUUGCUGUGGUGAGGCUACAGUUAGCCGCAUGUCCUCACAGCACCUGUGAUUGCCCACAGCUGGCCCAAUGGAAGAAGGGCAGUUUGGCUUUCCUGCGUUUAGUGGCAUCUCUCGCCUGACCUGGCUGGUAUCCCUGUUGGGUGAGCUUUCUCUGGUGUCUGCCACUUUGGAAGAG